AGGGAAUCGAGUCGGCGUUUAUAAAGAAGUCUCCCAAAAUGUCACUUCUCGUAUUUCACAUCGCCAUAUUGAUAGUUUAGUGUAUUACAAAUCCUCAGACAUCUAUAGAUUAGAACAGUUCUAGACUCAAAAUCUGCAUUUCUCUGCAUAAUUCAGUGCAAUCUGUAAAUUUCGUAGUAUAUUUUUGUGCUAGUAACGGAAACAAGUGAAGUUGACAGUUUUGUUUUGAUCUGUUAGCGACCAAACUAAAAAUGGCGUGUGCAACUUUGAAGAGAUCGUUAGACUGGGAACCCGUUUUAGGAGGACGGCCGGCUAAAAGAAGACGAUGCAUACCCUUCUGUGCCAGCCCUACUCAAAAAGAAAGGGCAUUUCCAACAACUUCUAGCCACAACAGUCCUACGGGCUCCUCAUCUCCAAGAAGCUCUGUAUUUCCAGAAGUUCUGAGUAAAAAACUGACCCCUGAAUAUAUGGCUGAGAACAUUAAGGCUGAAUUGAAGAGAUUACAAAGACGCAAACAAUUACAAUACAGUAUGAUGGAAAACUCAGAUGGUAGCAGUUCCGGAGGAGAAAAUUCUGAGUCUCCCUCUCGCUCAGAAAAAGCUCUAUUCACAUUUAAACAGGUCGGUCUAAUCUGUGAACGUAUGCUUAGAGAACGUGAAUCGGAAAUUAGGGAAGAAUAUGACAAUGUAUUAACAGCUAAACUUGCAGAACAAUAUGAUGCCUUUGUUAAGUUCACUUAUGAUCAAAUACACAAAAAUUAUAGCAACUCAGCAGCACCAAGUUAUUUAUCAUAAGACGUCACAGAAAACCCGAUGGCGUAGCGCUGUUAGUAUAUCCACAAGCCACUUAUAAAGUCGUUAACUAUCGUUUAUACACUACAUAUUAAAGAAGUCGUAUUGUCGCUGCAAGAUGCCUUAGAACAUAACCCUACUUCUUGCUGGCGUUUUGUAUAUAUAAUAUACCAACUUUAUUUGUAAUAUCUUAGGAAUUGAUACAUAUUAUACUUGUUAUUAUUUCUGUAAAUAUGUUUUUAUAGAGCGCUACAGAUAUUUCGAUGUGUUGAUUUCUAGAUACUUUGUUGGAGUUUGAUGAGUCGUCACGUAGUGCUGUGUGAAUGAAUGAUCUUUACGGAGUUUGCCCGGAAAGUUGUUACGAUGUUAUGAGUAAGGACUUUGUCAUUUUCUAGGUUUUUAAGUAUACUUUUAUUUAUGCAACUGAUUUGGUUUUUGUUUAAUUUUUUUUUUGUAAUCCUGUGAAGUAAAUUAAAACAAACUUACCGUAGCAAGAAUCAUCGUCGCAGUCGAAAAGUUAUUGACGUAUUAAGUGGUGGCAAAGAAUGUGUAGUGAUUAUUUCUAGAUUAAGUUAACGAAGCAUUUAUCACAAAAGACAAAAUAUACAGUGCCUUCUAAAAAGAUCAAUUGUGGGAUUGAUUGAAUUUUGGAAUGAUUUUGUAAGACAUCAAUUUUGCAAUCCAAUGUUUCCUAUAUUUAUUUUUCAGAGGAUCUUAAACGAUCUAAAAAUGUGGAAGGAUAGUUGUUAAUAAAAUAUUUGUUCCUCGAACUUGUUUUUGUUGAGAAAUCGAA